AUGGCGAGCCCCGUCCGCCACGACAGCAGCCCGUCGCAGGCCUUUCCCGACGAGAAAUCGGCCGUCGGAAGCGACAACAAGGACUCCGGCUUCGACAAUCAGCAUGCCGCCACCCAGUACCAAGGCCAGGUGGCCGAACAGAACGGUCUCAAGCGCGAUUUGAAGGGAAGACAGAUCUCUAUGAUCGCGAUCGGUGGCGCGUUGGGAACGGGCCUCGUCAUCGGCACCGGCGCCGGCCUGAAGAAUGCUGGUCCCGGAUCCCUCUUCAUCGGUUUCUGCGUCAUGGGCGCCAUGUGCGCCGCGGUCAUGUCCGCUCUUGGAGAGAUGUCUACGUUUAUGCCCCAUCCUCGUGGCUUCGCCGGACACGCCACGCGCUUCGUGUCCCCCGAGUUCGGCUUCGCCACAGGAGUCAACUAUCUUCUAAAGUAUUGGGUGAUCACCGCGAACCAGGUCAACGCCUUCGCCCUUAUCGUCUCGUACUGGCGCCCAGACCUGUCCGGCGGAAUCUUCAUUGCGAUUCUAUGGGUUUUCAUCGUCGUGCUCAACACGACCGGAGUCAAGUACUUCGGCGAGUUUGAAUUCUGGCUCUCCCUCUUCAAGAUCAUCGUGAUGGUCGGUCUUCUGCUCCUCCUGCUCAUCAUCGACCUCGGAGGCAGUCCCACGGGCGACCGGAUCGGCUUCCGCAAUUGGCAGGACGGCAAGGCUUUCUCCCCGUACCCCGGAUUCGGCGAUACUUCGCUCGCGCGCUUCCUCGGCUUCUGGAGCGUCAUGGUCACUGCUCUCUUUGCCUACACCGGAAGCGAAUUAGUGGCCGUUACUGUAGGAGAGGCGUCGAACCCCCGCAAAACGGUACCUGCCGCAAUCAAGAAGACCUUCCUUCGUAUCAUUGUGUUCUACAUCGGCGGUGUUCUCCUGAUCGGCAUGGUCGUUGACAGCAAGACGCCGCUGCUGCUGACGGCGACGAAGAAGUCGACCUCUGCCGCGGCCUCGCCUUUCGUCGUCGCGAUCAACAUUGCCCAGAUCAAGGUCCUCCCCGACAUUAUCAAUGCAGCCCUUCUGCUCUUCACCGUCUCUGCGGCCAACUCUGAUCUGUACAUCGCCGCACGAACGCUCUAUGGUCUCGCGCUCGACGGCCAAGCGCCGCGCAUCUUCCGACGCGUCGACAAACGCGGUAUUCCGUACAUGGCACUCGGACUCAGCUCCCUGUUUCCGGCCCUCGCUUUCAUCAACCUAUCGAGCGGUGGUCCCAAGACAUUCAGCUACCUCGUCAACACCGUCACGAUUCUUGGUGGGACCGCAUGGCUGACGAUUUUAACAACGCACAUCUUCUUCAUGAGGGCGAUGAAGGCGCAGGGAAGGUCGCGCGACUCGCUCCCGUGGCAAGCGCCUCUCCAGCCGUACUCAACCUACGUUGCCACCUUCUUCGUUUCCCUCGUCCUGAUCACCAAGGGCUGGGCAUCGUUCACCCACGGCUUCAAAGUCAACGACUUUAUUACAAACUACAUCGGUAUCCCGGUAUUCUUCAUCUUGAUCGUCGGCUGGAAGCUCUGGCACAAGACCAAGGUUUGGAAGCCCGAGGAGGUCGACCUCGUCUCGGGCGCCAAGGAGUUCGACGAGGCCGACGAGCAGUUCUGGAAGCAGGACGAGGAGAAGCGCGCCGCCAUGUUCAAGGAGGCGUCGUUCAAGCAAAAGGUUGGCAUGUACCUGAAGGAGUGGUAA